GCCCGCCUCCUGCCGCGAUGGUGGGUCAGCGAUAUGUCAGUGUUAUUACUUGUACUAGCGAUCCUCCUCCUAUCUAGGAUUUAACUGAUGUUUUCUUACUAAAAGUAUUUUUUGCAUGUUUUUAAAGUGAAUUGUAAUUGUCUCGUUGUCAACAAAUAGUUACUCAGCGAUAUCAAACUCGUGCCUCGAAGCUGUAGGAAUCCACCCCAUUGGUCAAGAUUUGAGGUGGAACCCAGCCCUUUCUAAACUAAAAUAACACUAACAGCAGCCACACAACAACUUCACAACUGGUGGAAGCGGUGGCACUACCGGGCCCAACCCGAGAAGAUGGGAACUACAAACGGUCAUUCUUCCACCAUGACCAAAGAUGCCCGCCAUGACAACUGCCCAAUAUGUCUCGAUACAAUUGGAGACAAGAAAACUUUAAAAUGUCGACAUUAUUUUUGCACUGAAUGUAUCGACUCGGUGUUCAGGUAUAAACCCGCCUGCCCAAUAUGCAAUACUUUCUAUGGUAUUCAUCAUGGAACACAACCGCAAGGCACCAUGACGGUGACGCGGGGCUGGCAAUGUUUACCUGGCUUUGACAACUGCGGAAGUAUCGCUAUUGAAUACAGAUUUCCAGCAGGCAUUCAGGGGCCUGAGCAUCCAAACCCUGGAGCCAGGUAUGGCAGCACAUCUCGAACGGCGUUCCUGCCUGACUGUGAGGAGGGCCAGAAGGUCCUCCGGCUGCUACAAGUAGCCUUCGACCGGAGGCUCGUCUUCACCAUCGGACAGUCUGCCACCACCGGCCUCGACAACGUCAUCACCUGGAACGACGUCCACCACAAGACCAGCAUGGGAGGGGGUCCCCAGAGAUUUGGCUAUCCAGACCCGGAGUACCUGUCCAGGGUUCAGCUGGAGCUCCAGCUUAAAGGGGUGACGGAAGAUGACUAAGACCCACCGCAUCCCUGCAUUCAGGACCGUUCGUAGAAUAUAAUAUACUGUAUUAUCUAUCUAUCCAUCUAUCUAUCUAUCUAUCUAUCUAUCUAUCUAUCUAUCUAUCUAUCUAUCUAUCUAUCUAUCUAUCUAUCUAUCUAUCUAUCUAUCUAUCUAUCUAUCUAUCUAUCUAUCUAUCUAUCUACAUAAUCAGUGUUGAACAAAAUGUACAAACAAAUAUAAUGUUCCGUUUAUAUUGAAAACGUGAUACCAUUGGCUCUCUUUUAUCGUUACUAGAUAGGGUAAAUGUUAUUUUAGCUGCACAUUUAAACCCUGGCAUUUUUUUUAUUUGACCACAAGAGGUCGCUGUACUCUUAAAUACUGACCGUUACAGCGGCGGCUAAAUAUGAAGCAACGCCAUCGCCUCUGUCUCACGAUCCCCUCCCCAUCGCUCAUAUCCCAAAGUCGGUAAGAGGAGCAGAGCAUCAGCUACAGACGAUGAGUCAUGUUUUAGGGUUCUCAGGGCAACUUUAGCCGCAGCAGCUACAUCGGAGCUGACACGGUUAACACAGCCUUCGUUCAUUUCAAUUUAAUUAUUUUGUGCAAUAUUGUAUAUAAAACAUUUAUAUGUGAGCUCAACAGAUGUUAUAAAGAUCUCGACCAUACGUAAAAUGUAUACUCAAACAUAGUAUGCAAUUGUUAAGUUUCCUUUAAUAAGUAGCACACUGAUAAAUUAAACACCUGAUACAUAGAUAUGCUUUGUUGAAGUAUUUUCGAUCUCUUAUUUCUCCUAGAACUUUCUCUCUCACUAACCAGCCCUCAGAGACUGCAGCACUCCAUUUCAGUUCUAUCCAGGCUAUAUGUUUGUGUGUUUCUUUUUUCUUGUUAUCAUUAAUGUUAUAAAGUGAGUGUAUAUUGACCAGAGUGGAUUAACGUGUGUGUGUGUGUGUGUGUGUGUGUGUGUGUGUGUGUGUGUGUGUGUGUGUGUGUGUGUGUGUGUGUGUGCGUGUGCGUGUGUGUGU